CUACAUUCCAUAUUUAUAACGUUUAGGAAUUUUCUUUUGCAACCUGAAUGUUGCGUGAGGAUAUUCUUUUGAAACCGUACUAUUAUAAUUUUUUUUAUUUAUGAUUAUUUUUAAAUUCGUUAAUUUCCCGUUAUACCAGUAUAUGUAUAUAGACAUCGUAUAUAUUAUUGUUUAUAUUAUUAGUGUUUUUAGUAUUCCAAGCAUAGAUUACCAUAACCGUUUAUCAUUAGACCAGCAGGCUUAUAUGCUUAUUUGUGUCAAUAUAAUAUGAGCAUGCAAUUUUGUAAGUUUUUUUAAUGAGCGAAAUAUUAUACAUAAAUUAAGGCUCUAGAUCAGGGGUGGCCGAAUCGAUCUCGACUAUUAGUGUAGUCAAUCGUGACAAAGUAAAAAUAUAUUUUACUAAUCUAGCGAAAGAUGCUCAGACGCUAUGCUCACACUAAUAUAAAUAAGUAGUUACUAAGAAUAAUUUUCAGUUUUAUGUUUUGCUUCUUAAUAAUUGUGAUCUAACUUGCUUCAUUUAAGAUUUCAAGAAACAUGUAAUUGGUAGAUCGCACAGGGUUUCGUCAGUAAAAAGUAGAUCUUGGGUCUAUUCGAGUCGGCCGCUCUUGCUCUAGAAAUAUAAUAAUAAUAAUUUUACUGUAACUUAUUAAUUUAUUGCCAAUGGAUAUAAAUAAUAACGACAUAACAUAAUAAAUAUUGUGCACGACGCACCUUUUUAGUUUCUUUUUUAAGUUUAUUAAAAAGAUGUUCUUUUUAUAAUUUGAAGUCUGUGUCAGUUUCGGUUUUGUUUUCGCCUUCGCUUUUUUACUCCGUUGGUUUGAUAUGUAUAUUUUUUAUAUUAUUAUAUUAUCUUUCUAAAACACCGUGUUUCCAUACCAGCAUACAGUCCUUUCGCCCACAUUUUUGGUCCUUCUCCCUUAUUUUAUUAUAUUCAGUGAAUCAAUAUUCGAAAUUUUCAAAAAAAAUGGAAACACGGUCGGGUCGUAAACUGAGUUCGGCAAAUACUCGUACGGCAAUAGCGUUGCCCCUACCACCGUCGGGAGAGGAAACGCACCCUGAUGCCACCGCCUCGGCGUCGGUGUCCACCGUACCACCGAUCGCAGUUAGUGCUCACAGCACAUCGACCUGCAGCCGCUCAUCAGCUACGGUUCGUGCUAAGAAGCUUGCAGCGGAAGCGCUACUCGCACAACGGCUCGCCAAGAUCGAGUUGGAGGCAGCCGAAGCACGUCGCCGCGUUGAGUUGGAGGUGGCGAGAAAGAAAUAUAAUGCAGAAAUUGCAGAAAUUGAAGCAGCCAGCUGUCGGGGCAGCCGAUCUAGUGAUCAUGCUAGUAUUGGUCGUAGCUGCAAUGAAGAUGUGGAUAAAUGCUAGCACACAGGAGUCCGGAGAGUCAAGUUCGCAUGCUGUAGACAAUAAUGCGGACCAGCCGCGUUCAGAAUUGGUGACUCAGACGUCUUCAGGUAGUACCACUGUUUCUCGUAAACCAUUAUUAAAGGUCGUCGCCGUCACAGUAUCGGGUCCAUCUGGUUCUGUUGAUACUUUCGCAUUACUUGAUGACGGGUCUACGGCUACCUUUAUUGAUGCUGAAAUAUCUUCUCAGAUAGGAGUAACGGGUCAAAUGGGACAAAUAGACUUACAGUGUGUGGGUGGUUUAUCAAAGGAAUCGGAAGUUCAAUACGUUGAUUUUCAAAUUAAAGGGCGGAAAUCAAUAAAAACUUUUGAUGUCAAACAAGCUAGAUCUAUUAGUAAUUUAGGUUUAGCAGAUCGUUAUGUUAAUAAAAAUGAGAUUAAUACUUUUUCGUACUUAUCAGAUAUAGCUGACGAGUUAUGUUAUGAUGCAAAACCUACCAUUAUAAUUGGUAUUGAUAAUUGGCAUCUAUCUGUACCUAUUGCGACUAGACAGGGAACUAGGUCUCAACCAGUUGCUAUUUUAACAGCUUUGGGUUGGGUUCUUUUCGGUUUUGUGUCAAGUAAAACGAAUGUUGUUCAUUUCGUAAAUAAUGUGUGUGAUUGCAACGCAGGUAGUGAUGCGUCUAUAGAAAAUAUAUUUAAAAUGCAAUAUCGUCUCGACUGUAUAGAUAUUAUGAGACAUGAAAAGCGUGAGGGUUGAUUCGAGGUUGGCCUUUUUGUGGAAAGCUAAUAAUUAAUGAUGCAGCCGCUAAAUCACAAGGAGUUAGUUUAUACGAUUUACUUUUAACCGGACCAGAUCUUUUGCAAUCUCUGCUUAAUAUAUUAAUGCGUUUUCGUGAGGAGAGUGUCGCGAUUAAUGGUGACAUUAAAGAAAUGUUUCCUCAGGUUAAAAUUUGUAACGCAGACCGAGAUGCACAACGUUUUCCAAGGCGCGAUAGUCCUAAUGAACCUUUGAAAUUAUUUCGUAUGUCUUUAAUGAUUUUUGGCGCUGCAUCAAGCCCGUCCACACAGCUUUGUUUAUUAAAAUAAGAAUGCUGAUGAUAUUCAACAGCAGUUUCCUGAAAAGGCCCAUGUAAUCGUUCAUGAUCAUGGACAUUUGAUCACGGACACAUGGACGUUUGCAUAAGUAGUGUAGAGUCUGUGGAAAGAGCUGCUCGUUUGGUAGCAGAUAUUGUUGAUAUACAUCAGAAAGCAGGAUUUGAGAUGCGUAACUGGAUAUCUAAUGAACCAAGGGCGCUAUCACUAAUACCUAAGAGUUUGUGUCAUAGUCAGUCAUUAGAUACACUUCAAGUAGAUAAAGGUGAUGUUAGUACACCCGUACGCACACUUGGUUUAUUAUGGUACCCAGGCACUGAUUUAAUCGCUGUUAAUACCGGUCUUCAAAAAGAUUUUGUAAUGCCUACUAAACUCACCAAACCACAGGUUCUUACUUAUAUUAUACGGGUCCACUAGUUUUAUUAACACUAAUACUCGUCAGAGGUCGCGUUCUUUUAGAGCGCGAACUCCAUGUUUUUUUUUUUAUGAUGUCAGUAAAGUAGCUUAUUUAGUAGUAGCUUACUGGCGCUUUAUUCAUUCUAAUAAUCAUCGAAGCUCAUAAUUAACUUAACCUCAUUUGCAUCAAGUCAAUCAGAUCACUUCAUCCAGUUCGCAGUUGUCACUCUCAGCUGAUCUAUUACGUUAAUGGAUUAGAUUCAUUCAUCUUUAUAUGUUCAUGGAUUAGAUUAGUACGUUCAACAGCAACUGCGCAUAAAUUCAUUUUUAUAUUGCGAUUGCGUAGUUUACGAAAACGAGAAGUUGAUAUUUCUAAAUUAAUUAAAUUAAAUUAUUGUAUUUGUUCUUUUUUAGAUAAUUCUAUUAAUGUAACGGCACUUAACUUCGUGUAGACAGUCUAAUAUUUCAAAUAUUCUAACGGCGGAAGCUUUAAAUCUCGCUGAGUCACAUACUACGUCGUAGCCAAGAAGACGAUUUUCAAGAAGAGAUUGCAUACAUUGCUAAUAAUCGGCCACUUAACCUCAGAGUCGUCUCCGCAAGCUGUCACCACAAAUUGGUCCUGACAAACUUAUACAUCUCUGGUCGUAUUACAGCGGUUUUAGAUGUCAAUGAAGAAGAUAAGUUUUCUAUUGUUUUAGAUGGAAACAUCCAAGUAUUCUCCUUUUAAUUCAUUAUUAUCACGUUUGAACUCCUCAUGGAAAUACGGAAACCAUUAUUAACGAACUUCGACAAAAAUACUGGAUUCUUGGAUUACGUAAUGCUGUGCGAUCAAUUGCUCACAGCUGGCAGCUCCUUACCAGCGACGCUGCAAUCGAGAUCUAAUUCACGCAAUAACUGGAGAAUUGCUGUAUGACUAAGUGACAUGUUUUGGAGCCGGUGGGUAAGAGAAUAUCUCCCCGGUUUACUGCCCCGUCGUUCAAGUUCCAGCUCUUCAGCACCAAGUAUUUCUAUCAAAGAUGUUGUUCUUAUAGCUGAUGGAGAUUUACCCCGAGGUACAUGGCCGCGAGGUCACGUGGUUGCUCUGUUUCUUGGAAGAGACAAUUUUGUUCGUGUGGCUGAUGUUCAAAUGGUAUCAGGAACGUUAAGGCGUCCUUUAAAAAGUUAGUGUCGAUAGUUAGAACUGAAUAAUUACUUUUGUUUAGUUUUCGACUAAUAAUUUCUGUAAAUAAGUAAUCUUUUUUUUUUUAGUCCUAGACGAUGUGCACGACGCACCUUUUUAGUUUCUUUUUUAAGUUUAUUAAAAAGAUGUUCUUUUUAUAAUUUGAAG